AUGGUCUUUGAAGGUACCAGUAGCGUCGCCUUCUUUGCCAGCGCCCUCCCCAUCUCUACCUUCUCGAUCGUAAUAUACCGCCUCUAUUUCCACCCCCUUUCCCACAUACCCGGCCCACCUCUCGCAUGCAUUACGUCCCUAUGGCUGUACACAAAGACCUAUUUGGGCACCGAAGCGAGCUCAAUCGACCAAUUGCACCAAAAGUACGGCCCAGUGGUCCGCAUUGCGCCGAAUGAGGUCGACUUCUCUGAUGGCGCCGCUCUGGCCCCCAUCUAUACGGAGAAGGGAGGCUUCCUGAAGGCGGAGUGCUACCGUAAUUUCGACAUCGAGGGACACCCCAGCAUCUUCUCCGCCCUAGAUCCGGUGCACAGGAAGAGCAGGGCCAAAGCAGUAGUUGGGAUGUUUGCGAGUUCAAGUAUCAGGGAGAGGAUUGGAGUUAUUGAGGAGUGUGUUGUUAGGAUGGUGGACCGGAUGCAGGCAGAAGCCUCCACGGGGAAGCCGGUCAAUGUGCUUAAUCUGACGAGGAGCCUGGCGGUUGAUGCGGUGUCCGCUUAUCUUUUUGGCAAGAGCUACGAUGGUAUCGCUGAAGAGUCGGGCUCGCAGCUUUCGGCGAGUGAGUUUGUCAAUACGUUUGUAGCGGUGGGCCGCUUUUUCUAUCUCCCCAACUGGGCCUUCGUACUCCUUGAAACCUGGAGUGCAAAGCUCAAUAAAGACAAGACCGAAGUAGACAAGAGCAUGGCUGCUGUAAACUCCUUUGCAGAAAAGCUAGUCGAAGAAGCCGGUUAUGAAGACCCUACCUACCAAGGUCGCAUGCUAAAGGCUGGGAUCACCAAGCACGAGACUGUCGCCCAGUGUCUAGAUGUAAUGUUUGCGGGGACGGAUAGCACGGGCAUGAAUCUCGCAACUGCAUGCUGGCAUCUAGCGCAGAAUCCUAAGCAGUGCGAGCGUCUCCGACAAGAAGUCCUCUCAGCAGACCCCACCACCGACCCGCAAACCCUCCCCUACCUAUCCGCCGUCCUCCGCGAAACGCUCCGCCUCUCCCUCGCGAACCCCACCCGCUUCCCUCGCGCGGUCCCUGCCGGCGGACGGACCUUCACGGGAAUCUACAUCCCGCCUUCCACUGUGGUGGGCCUCUCACCGUACACUCUGCACCUCAAUCCCGCGGUCUUUCCAUCCCCUGAGAAGUUCCUGCCGGAGCGCUGGGAGGACCCGACGCCGGAGAUGAACAGAGACCAUAUACCUUUUGGACUCGGGCCGAGACAGUGCAUCGCGCGGAAUCUGGCGAUGGCUGAGCUUGCGUACGGGGUAAGGGAAAUUGCGAGGAGGGAUGCGCUCAGGGGUGCGAAGACGAGGGGGAAAGUGGUGCUACGGGAGUGGUUCAAUAGCAAAGUUGAGGGGGAGAAGAUUGAGCUGGUCUGGAGCCAAGGCGUCUAA